CUAGUCGUCUCCACCCAUUUAUCAUUGAACCCCGCCACGUCUCUAAAUUCUCAACCUCUCCACAUUCCGCCAUGAAAAAGGCCUCUCUAUAACUGCAACUGAUCUCCUCUCUCUUUCUCUCUGUUUCUUUUCCUGCAAAAUUUGGACAGAGAACAGAGAGCUUUCUAGCCUCUGUAGCAUGAGAUUUCACUUGGGUUUGGGCUCAAAGGCCAAAAGGUUUCUCCUUUCUUCGCGUGCCAAGAAGAAGAAGUUGAAUGGGGAGAACCCAAUUGGGGAAUUUGGGUUUAAUAGCAAAUCAGUUGUGGACUCUGGAUUUGAGCACUCAGGAUUUGGUGGUAAAGAGGAAAGCUUCUUUGACUCUGAGGCAUGGUUUGAUUCUGAUUGUGAAGAUGAUUUCUUCAGUGUUAAUGGAGACUUUACUCCUUCUUGUGGUAAUACUCCAAACCAUCAGCUAAGCAUCCCCACAUCUCCUCAAGUGAACAAAUCCCUAAAUCCCCCCACACAUCCAGACUCCAAAUCAGAACUUUCUCCACACGACGGUAAAAAGAAACUCUUUGACCUUCUUCAAGAGAGUGUCCGACAUGCUGAUACGAACAAAAACACAGAUGAUAGGAAACUGGAUAACGGCCAACCUUUAAAAUCUUUUCAAGAAAGUCCUUAUCUUUCUGGAACUAACUCCGUUUGGAGCAGUGAACUGACUCCGAGUGGAGAUUCAAAUUACAAGAAAGAGAGAGCUGGGAGGCAUAAACACUGUUGCUUUCCUGGCUUGACGCCAAGCCGUAGUUUCAGUGAGAGGAGGAAGCAGAAGAUGAGCCCAGCUCGAGUAAAUGAAAGCAGAUAAUAGGCGGUAUGAUUAUUGUUCUUAAUUUUCUUUAAGCUGUUGUUUUUAUAAAAAUAAUACUAUUAAUAACGAGAUUCAAGAGAAAAGACGUAAUGUGUGUGAAAGUUUGUAGAGAGGGAAGAAAAUAAUGGUUUUCUGUAUGUUAUGUUCUUUACCUUUUAAGGUGUAGAGAUACCCAUGUAGCAGAAAUCAAGAAGCUUUACAUGAAAUUGGUAGAUUUGAAUUUUUA